AUGGCGAGCGCGGGCGGCGACGAGGACGACGGGCAGCCCGGGUUUCUGGACAAGAUUUCCAAGAUGCUGAGGGACUUCGGGAUUGGCAGGAGGAGCAUCUGGGAGGGCGGUGUUGGGGCGUUCGUGUUGGGCGGGGCAGUUUUGACGUUCUGGUUGCUCUCUUGGGCACGGGGGUCACAAUUAAGGAAGGGCCGUCCCUAUCAGGCGACAGUGGUAUUUCCACAGGCGUGUGGCAUCACUGUGGGUACUCCUGUAAGGAUACGAGGGGUGCCAGUUGGGAGUGCCCUUAAUGUCACACCAAGAUUGGAUGGUGUCGAUGUGCAAAUUGAGGUGAAGGAUGAUGGCAUCGUCAUACCCUUGAACUCAGUGGUGGAGGCCAACCAGUCAGGUCUGAUUGCAGAGCCUUUUGUUGACGUGACGCCACAGCUUCCCCUGCCUGACUUUGAGGCAGGUCCCCUGAGUUCUGACUGUGACAAGGAUGGCAAGAUCGUUUGUCAUCGAGGAAGGAUUCAGGGGGAACAAGGCGUCAGUCUUGACGACUUGGUGUACAUCUGCACCAAACUUGCCCGCCAGAUGGACGCCGAUGGUGUGGAUUCCAUGUUUAAGGCAGCUGAAAGCUUGUCAGAGGCACUGGAUAUUGCCCAGCCUCUCAUAUUGCAGGCUGCUGGAUUCGUAGAGGAGAUGACGCCCUUGCUGGCAGACCUCCGGUCGGGCGGGCUGGUCGGCAAUGUGGAGGCGCUGACGAAGUCUGUGGCCGAGGCCGCGAGCGACAUUCAGCUGCUCCAGAAGGCGGUGCUGGACGACGAGAACAUUGGCGCUAUUCGUGGGGCCGUGAAGACCCUCACGCAGACCCUCCAGAACGUUGAGAGCAUCGCUGGAGAUAUGAGCGUGUUCACUGGAGACUCGAAGGUCAUGGGCAACCUGAAGCGCCUCAUUGGGGCGCUUAGCCGCAUUGUUGAGGAAUGA